UUUUAAAAUUCACCAAUCUGUGGUUGUCAAAUCCAAAUGUCAUUGUAAUUCGGGACACUUCAGUAUUUGAGUCAAAAAUAUGGGAGCAGAGCAAUCGGCAUUGUUGGCCUGCACUCAGACGGGCAUCCAUGAGGAUCGCCUGGAAAUGGAUAACUCAAAGUUGUUCUUUCAAUUGUACUUUGAUAGGAUGCCCCAGCCUGUGACGGGUCCCGUGACAGAAGCGCUGCUCCACUUGGUGGAUAAAGUGAAUGUGGCUGGGGCUAAUAAUGCUGAUGAAACCCAAUCGAUCAAGGACGAAUGUAAUAGCGGGGAAAGCGACACCAUAUCGGUGCUCAGUAAUGACAGUGAAGUCUCGACACCAAGUUUGGAUGUGGAAAUAGAGCCCAUACAGAUAGCCGAAUUUGAGCCGAUAGAUCAAUACAAUAUGCCUAUUGAGGAAACCGAUCAGACAUAUACGCUACCAUUGUUAAAAUAAAUAUGUAGAUUAAUUU